UAUCUGGUGAAUUCCUGUGGAAAACCCCCACUACCCGAAAAUGUAAAUGAAAUCAAGAACAUGAGUAAUGCCACCGCAUUGCAUUCUGGAUUCAAGAGAUAAGAAUCCUGAGGUUCUAGGAAGACUCUUCUUCUACAGUCUUCUAAUUAUCGUUGUGCCCGUUUUCUUGUACUUCUUCAGUAAAUUUUUCAUAUUUGAAGCGGUGUUCCUGCUGUCGUCGCAGCAGAGUUACAUCUAUGCUGCCAUUGUUGCCGUGGUUGCCGUUCACGCCGUACUAGCACUCUUCAUCUGGAAAGCCAUCGCCGAAGACUCCAAACCGAUCAAGAGAGACUAGGAACUGUUGCGCUGUGUUCGUUUCCAUCGAAGCGACGCCCUCUGUAUCGUAGUAGUCGAAGGGAAUUUGGCAGCACAUUGUUUAGGAUUCGUGAAGUAGGAUGUACACUGAUAUAUGCAGCGGUGAGAAAUGGUAGGGUAAAAAUUGAUUGAUGAAAUCCAGCUGAGAGAGCGGUGAUCAGUAUUAUUAGGUAGAGGAAAUUAUAAAACGUGACACCGCCUCAUUGAUUGUUUACAAAGCAAGGUAGUGACAAUAGAACUGGAUAUCAUAGCUACAGUAAUUCAUUGAUCCAUGCAAUCCAGUUGAGCGAGCGAUGUGCUAAUACGAGGUGGAGGGAAAUAAAAAA